UCUUCCACCAUUUUUCCCUAAAAUCCCCAAUAUAUGAAGAUUUAGGGUUUUCGAUUUGGUCCCGGAGUUCUCUGUUGGAUCUGCUAGGAAUUCUUUGUUAGGGUACCAACCCUAGACUAAGCUCCAUCAGAAUCGUAUAAUUCGGAAGCAAUUGAGACAUGGGUGAUCAUGAUGAGCUUCCUUUCGUGGGGAAUGUGAAUCAAGAUGAGUUUGUUUAUCCUUGGACCGUUAUAAUUAAGAAACCUUGUACCAGUGAUUUGGGUAAUGACAGGAAUUAUGUCGAAGAAUGUGGGAUGGGGUUACAUAGCAAGUUGGUAUUAGGACAUGGGUUUACACAUAUAAAAGUUCAUCCUUUAUGGAAUCAACAAGAUCAUUCGUUAAGUUUUUUUGUCCGAUUCAAGAAAGACUUGUCUGGUUUCCACUAUGCAACAUCUUUGGCAAAAUCGUUUGAAUUGAAUGGUCGCGGAAAGAAGGAUUGGUUUGGAGAAGGUGAGAAGACGAGUCGUCUUUAUGGAUGGAUGGCAGUAGAGGAUGACUACAUGACUGAAGGUGUAAUUGGUGAAUACUUGCAUCAACUUGGGAAACUCCAAACAGUUGCUGGAAUUUUGUAUGAAGAGGUCAUGGAGAAAAACCGGAUACUUAAAAAGAUUGAGUGCAUGUAUAAUGAGACCAGUUUAAGAUUCUCGAACCAGAUGGAUAAGAAUGAUAGACUUGAGCGGAAACACAGCGAUGAGUUAAGAGAGAUGCAACAGGAGCACGACGAGAUGAAGUCAGCAUUAGAUACUCAAAGGAAGGAACUCGAGUUUUGUAGAUCAGAAUUGGAAAAGCACAAGGCUGAGAUUGAAACCGUGAAAAAAUAAUUUUGGAGAAAUCAAGGUUGGGACAACAUUGACGCAUCUCUUAGAAAAUUGACGCAUCUCUUAGAAGAACCCGAGUGUUGUUCAUUGAUUCAUGUUGUCUAGUAUCUUUUUUUUUUGUUGUUCUCUGCCUUUUUUGUUCAUUGAUUCAGUUGUCCAACACAGUUCAAAGAUGAGUAUAAAAUAUCUUAGCUCACAUUGAUGAAGUGUUCACUAUGUUGAUGCUUAUGUACGUUGUUCUAAAAAUUACGUCGUGUUUAGGUUGUCACUGUUGAAUACUCAGAUUGCGCGAAGUCUGGCAUUUUUUAUUUCUGUAUCCAGUUGUCUGCUGUUGAUAAGUUAAUAUCUGAAAAUUGCAAUGUUUAAAGUCAUGGGAGGUAAACUAUGGGCUAGGCCUAAUUUGGGAA